AUGUGUGCGUGUGUGCGUGCGCGCGCUUGCCUCACUCCAACUUCCUCACUGCAGCCAUGAUUUCUGUUCUGCACUGAUAAGUAUGGCGUCCAGAGUCUGUAACAUUUUAUCGCUUGUGAGCUUUAUUUCGAUUUUACUACGCUACUGCGCUCGCGCUCAGGCUAAUGGCGUUUGCCCAGCUGAUGUACGGACAUGGGUGCCCUUUGGCCAGAGUUGCUAUCACUUUGUCCAUGGAGAAGAGGAUUUGGCCAAAAGUUACACCAUAGAGAAAGCUAAAGAUAUGUGCCAAGGCUUUGCCCUUCUGACGGUGCGCAGUGCUGCAGUUAAUGACUUCAUCGUUCAGUACAGUCCUAAGGUGUGGAAAGGCACUGUGUACAUCUGGCUAGGAUUAUAUUAUGACAGUGACGAUGAUCAGUUUAAAUGGAACGAUAAUUCUAUUGUGAGCUAUAAGAACUGGGUGGAAGGGGGCUCAGCUGAUUGGGACAUACCUAUAAUGGACAAAUGUGUGGUGCUGCACUCCACCACUGGCAAGUGGGAGAACAUCAGCUGCUCUGAGACAAGUGAGAAUGGAGUGGUGUGUGAAGCAGCCCAGAAGACUGUUGUAAUUGGGAAAAAGAAUGGCAGUCCUCUCCUCUCUGCACUCGUCAUUCUGAGUGUGAUUGCUAUUUUGGGAAUUUCUGCAGUUGUGUGGUUUUUCAACCAGAGUAGCAGCUCUGGCUCACCAUUGCUUCCUUCCUUUGAGUACCAUCCUCCUUUUAGAUCACCCUCGGCUGAUCAGACAUGCUUGGUGGAAGCUGAAGAGCUUGAGGAAACUUCCUAAAGCCCUGAGUCUUGGGCCUUAAUGAUGCCGUUGUGUCAGUUACACCCCAUUAGAAGUAAAGUGACACAAUGGAAGUUAGAUACUACACAAUCAGCUGUUCUCUGUAUAUAUGCCACUUAUCUAGAGUGCAGUUAGUGAAUAGUUCUGGUCCAUAUGCGUGAUCUAUUGUUUGUCCGCUGUGGUUAAUGUAUCACAGAAAGCAGAGGAGUGAUUUUGGUAGCUAAAAAUUUUUUGGCUCAAAUAUUUGUAACUAUUUGGGAAACAGGAGAGAUUUUCCAUCUAGAUGUUACAUAAAUAAUGACAGCACCUUACCUAAUCUUUUUGGUCAAAAAUGCCCUAAGUGUCCAGGUAUCUGUAAAGCUAUUUUGUUUAGGUAACAUUUAUAGUGUUUUUGAGAAUUGCACCUUCUGGAUGCCUCCUUUUCACAAUACAGUGGUAAAAUUUUUUGACUUUUUGAUGCUAUUCUUUACAAACGGAGCAAAGAAUGUAAUGGGGCUUUUAAAUCUGGUUUUUAACAGGUUGGGUUUUGGAGGUGCUUUGUACACAAUAUCUGCCUGAUUUGUUGAAGGGAUUGAUUUUUUUUUUCCUCCUGUGCAAUUUGUAUGCUGCAUUUGUAAUAUUAGCAGUGUAAUGUAAUUAUCAUCUAAAAGUAAAAUGGUGCCUUAAGAAGUAUUCUUAAUGAAAUAAUCAGCACAGCAAAAAUGCAAGUCUUUAUAGUGUAAUGAGCAUUAAUGUCACUGUUGUAUUCAAGAUUGCACUUUCAUCCUGUCUAAGAGAGUGGUGUUUGUGUGUGGGGGGUGUUUGCGUGUGCACCCUACCUUGUUAGCUUUUAACUGUAAUCCGAUUGAUUUAAAGUUGGAGAUGUUUAAUAAAAGUCUGAAUUUA